GGGUACGCCUCAUAGUGCUCGUGCUCGGCUUCGUAGUGGCGCCUCACAUCGCGCUCCCGGGUGGCCACGAUGGGCCGGUGGCAUACCAGACACUCGGCACCUUCUCCGUCGUCCCGCUCCACCACCAAGUAGCGCUGGGUCCACUCGUUCCGGAACACAUGCGGCUCCUCCGGCUCGGCUCGGCGCCUCUUCGGGGUCGCCCACAUCUUCGAGAACGCCAUCGUUACCUGCUGCCCAGAAAAGCGAGCCGGGUGGGAAAGGGAGAGAGUGGAGAGAGCCAGGGCCAGGCAACUGUCUUCCUCGGACGCCGCCGUGGUACUGGAGAGGUCGGGGCUGGCGCUCCGAAAAAAUACUCUCCAGAAGACCCGCCGCCUAGCUCUAAUUGGCUGAACUGGCGUGGUGAUUUUUUAUUUUAGAAAAUGGGGACGGGCCAAUUGAACUGCGCCUGCGGGGACGCUCCGCUCAGCAUCUCGGCCAAUGGGAAGAGGGUGAGGCGGUCCUAUGAUCUUCUCUGCAUUCGGGAGCGAUCACGACACCAACCCGAUAGCGAUAGGCAUCUCAGAGGUCCAAUCGUCUCCCUGUUUCCACAGCUGUGGAGGAAAAGUCCCUUCAGACCUAGAGCGGAGGGUGAGGAAAAUCUGGGAAGGUGGAAUGUGACCAAAGCGGACGAGGUGAUUGGCUGUGAGAGUCGUUUGUUCUUACGGAUCUGCCUGGCGCCCCGAGCUGGGCAGACGGGAUUGGCUGAAAGGGGCAAUCAUUUGCAUGGGGGGGCGGCGGGGAGGAGCAGCGAAGCUGAAGUGAUUGGCUGAGAGAAUUCUGCUUGCAUAGAUCUGCCUGGUUUCUUAAAAGAGGCUUCAAGGAUUGGUUUGCGAGGGGCCUUUUUGCACUUGGAUCAGCUUAGCUCCCUACGCUGGAACGGCGGUGAUUGGCUGAGAGGGGAGUUCAUUUGCAUGAGUCGGCCUAGCUCCCAAACCGUGACUGCGGUAGUUGGACGAGAGGGGCGUUGUUGAGCUGCUUGGUGCCGGGCGAGUUUUGGCAGCUGUCGUCAUGUCUCUCGUGGCGGGUGUGAUUAGGCGUCUAGAUGAGAAGGUCGUGAACCGCAUAGCUGCGGGGGAGGUCAUCCAGCGCCCUGCGAACGCCAUUAAGGAGAUGAUUGAGAAUUGCUUGGAUGCCAAAGCCACAAGUAUCCAGGUGACCGUUAAAGAGGGAGGCCUCAAACUGAUUCAGAUCCAAGACAAUGGUACUGGAAUUCGGAAAGAAGAUCUGGACAUUGUGUGUGAGCGAUUCACUACAAGUAAGCUGCAGUCAUUUGAAGAUCUGGCUUCCAUUUCUACUUAUGGCUUUCGGGGGGAGGCCUUGGCUAGCAUAAGCCACGUGGCUCACGUGACUGUGACGACAAAGACGGCGGAUGCCAAGUGUGCGUACAGAGCAAGCUACUCGGAUGGAAAACUCAAAGCACCUCCUAAGCCGUGUGCAGGAAACCAGGGGACGCAGAUCACGGUUGAAGACCUUUUUUACAACAUAGCCACAAGGAGGAAAGCUUUGAAAAAUCCCAGUGAAGAGUAUGGGAAAAUCUUAGAAGUUGUUGGCAGGUAUUCUAUACACAAUUCUGGCAUCAGUUUCUCAGUUAAAAAGAGCUGGUUCUCAGCCUCUGCUGAGGCCUCAGUGAAGGGGGCCUGGCUGGCACCACAGGGCCCUGGAGCCUUCCCUUACUGGAGCUUAUUCGUAGCUGUCUGCAGCUUCCCCUUGUCGCCCUGA